AUGAUCAGUUGGCCAGAGUUCUUAGCUAAACUUGCAUUUCGCACCAGAAAAAUAUCCACAACUAGGAGUGCAAUGAGUGGUAGGUUAAGCAAUACUGGGCCUCUCAAGGCAAGCGCGGACAAGGGAAAAGGCAGCGUGGCGGUCAAGCCGCUAGAACUUGACGAUGUACUGACCAACGAACUGGGCCAGUUUGGACGCUAUCAGCUAAUCAACAUCCUCUUGAUCGCGAUCCCAAUCAUGAUGGCAACGUUUAUAAACGAGUAUGUCUUCUCUGCGGCAGCUAUUCCACACAGGUGUCUUAUAACAGAGUGUGGUGAAGACAGUAAGAGUAACUUAUUCGAUCCCGAGUGGGUUCUUAACGCCAUCCCGUCGGCGAACAGUAACUCUGGCUUUUCGAGCUGUAGCCGCUUUCAGUCCCAAGGUAACGGGACCCUGGAGUACUGUCCCGCCGACCUGUUCACAACCACUACCACGGACUGCAAUGGACAGUAUGUUUACGCCAGGGACAAUUCUAUUGUUUACGACUUUAACCUUGGCUGUGAAGACUGGCUUCGUGCCUUGCCAGGAACUCUGAACAGUGUCGGUACUCUGUUAGCGCUGCCCUUUACCGGCUACUUAUCGGACAGAUUCGGAAGACGGUUCACUCUCGUCGUCUGCGUAUUCAACUUGGGACUGAUCGGGUUGAUCAGAGCUUUUUCAGUGAAUUACCCGAUGUAUGUGGCGCUACAGAUACUGCAGACCACGCUUGGUAGUGGAGCAUAUAGUACUUCGUAUAUUUUUGCGACUGAAUUUGUGGGUCCUCGAUACCGCGUGGCGACGAGUGCCUAUUGUUCGUCAAUGUUUGCUCUCGGCCAGGUGACAAUCGGUGCAGUGGCCUGGAUCGUUCAGCCCUGGCGAUAUAUGAUCAUGGCUCUGCACAUACCUUGCUUCCUUGUCGUAUCCUAUUACUGGCUUCUGGCCGACAGUGUACGAUGGCAGCUCUCAAAGGGCAAGUUUGCUGAGGCUAAGGCAUCGCUGGAGACGAUGGCUAGAGUUAAUAAAAAACAAAUUAGUGAGAAAUCAAUGAAUGCGCUGCUGAAUCCACCAACUCCUCCGCCUAAUACUGAGGACGAAGACGAAGUCAGCCUAAUCAAAGCUAUUUUUAAGUCGCGGGUGUUAUUAGGCCGAGUGUGCACCACCCCCAUCUGGUGGAUCACUAUAACGUUUGUCUACUAUGGAUUAUCCAUCAAUUCAGUUGGCCUUUCCGACACCAUCUACUUAAACUACAUCUUGGUGUGUGCAGUUGAGAUCCCUGGCUUUGUCACGGCUGCAUUAAUUUUGGGCAGGAUUGGCAGAAAACUUACUCUCACAGGGGGAUAUUUCUUCAGCGCUGCUUGUAAUAUUGCUUUUAUAUUUAUACCUCAAGAUUUAUCUACACUUCGUCUGGUGUUCUCCCUACUGGGCAAGUUUGGUAUUUCCAUGGUGAUGACUUCUUUGUACCUAUUUACGACAGAGUUGUACCCCACUCAGUACCGGCAUAGCCUUCUGGCCUUUUCCUCGAUGGUGGGACGUAUCGGCUCCAUAACGGCUCCCCUCACUCCUGUAUUGGCGGAGUACUGGCACGGAAUACCUCCCGCGAUGUUCGCAGGUAUGGCUAUACUCUCGGGUUUACUAGUCCUCACACAGCCGGAGACUCUUGGAACCAAGUUGCCAGACACCCUGGAAGAAGCUGAGGCUAUAGGAUCACCAGAGUCCAUGAGAGACCACAAGUCAUGA